CGGUGAGCGGAGCCCGCCUCGACGACAGGCUAUGGCCUCGCUCGGGCCGCGUCUCGAGCGCGCUAGCCGCUAGCCUCCCUAGUCCUGGCCUCGCCGAGCCGGAGCGGCAUGACAUGCGAUCGUAUGUGAACGUAGAUGCCCGUGAAAUUCGACGGCACCGAAAGAUACUCCUUCGAAAAAAAAAAUUGUAAACAUUCCAAAAAGACACUCGAAGUGUUUCCCAAAUGUAGAAAAAUAGUGAACAAAGGACGGGCUGUGAGAGAAAAAGGCGCCGAAGAGCGUCGAUGUAGGCGGCCCGUCACAAUGGAUCAAUGGGUGACUGCGGCCAGCUCGCUGCUGGCGUUCCUGCUGUACUACAACACGCUCGACGCCGGCUUUGUCUACGAUGACAGGCGGGCGAUCCUGUCCAACCCAGAUGUCAUCGGCCACACGCCGAUCAGGUCGCUGUUCAAGAACGACUUUUGGGGCACCCCGCUCACGGACCCCGGCUCCCACGGCUCCUACAGGCCGCUAUGUGUGGCCUCGUACCGCCUCAACUAUGCCUUCAGCGGGUUCAAGCCGUGGAGCUAUCAUUUAUUCAACACGAUCCUUCAUUCGCUGACCACCGUGCUCGUGGUAGUCACGGCCCGGCGCCUGCUGCCGCCGCAUUGUAUAAGGCUAGGCUCCGCGGUCGCCGGCUUGACUUUCGCGGCUCACCCUAUACACACCGAGGCGGUCGCCGGCGUGGUCGGGCGAGCCGAUCUCGCCGCCUGCAACUGCUUUCUUCUCAGUUUCCUCCUAUACACCGAGCACGUGCAGCUCCGGAUCGAGAGCCAACGCAAGCAUUGCCGUCACGUCAUAAAAAAUAACGUCAUUCGCCGCCAGCUAAACUCGAGCGACCAGAAUUUUCGCCUCAGCUGCCACGACCUCGUCCAGCAAAUUGUUAUAAAUGUAAAGAAGCUGCUUAAAGCGAGCCAGGGCGGGCCGUUAAAGAUACUGAACGCCUGCGAAAUGGAACCUUCAACGGUAAACCUCAGUAAGUGUCAGUGCUCGAGUGCUAGUGAAGACUCCGGUGAGUUAGUGCAGUGGUGUACGCUGGCCGGGACUCUGAUAUUCGCAACCGCGGGGACACUCUGCAAGGAGCCGGCCAUCAUGGUCUUGCCGCUGUGCGUUUUUUAUGACUUUUUGAAAGACGUUCGACCCGAAGACUUUUAUUCCAAGUGUCGAUGGCGAAGCGUGUGUGCUCUAAUGACUGGGGGUUUCACUCUGCUGUACUGGCGCCUGCAGCUGGCCGGCACGCCCAACGGGUUCGCGUCCGCCGACAACCCUACGUCCAGGGACCCCUCCCUCCUCACGAGAUUUUAUACCUUCACCUACCUCCCAGUAUUCAAUUUUUUUCUCCUAGUGUACCCCUUCCAACUCAGUUUCGACUGGUCGAUGGACUCCAUUCCCAGGAUCACGACGAUAUUCGACUUUCGCAACGUCUACUCCAUAAUUUUCUACUCUGCCCUAUCCAAUGUGACGUGGCGCGCGUUCUCAGACGAGCUCAGGAAGCAGCACGAUUUAAAAGAAAAGUACUACAAAAAACAAAAUAACAGAUUAAAACAGAAGUGGAACAAUAAUUGUAAGCAAUACAAUAGGAGACAGGACUGUUACGAGAGAAAGAGCAUCAUGCCGUACAAGGAUAGUACCUCGUCGAAGAAGGCGUUGUGUCCGUGCACGGGAUGCCGGCACGCGCUCACGGACGAGCACACGACCAUGUGCCGGGCGGUCAACAACAACAACACGAUGAUGCAUCAGUCCACCUGCGUGUGUCCCAAAGUAAAGAAACAGCGGCCCAAGUACGAGUACCGAGGCACGCGCUUCGCUAUGCUAAUUUUCAUGGCGUUUAUGGUGCUGCCGUUCGUGCCGGCCACUAAUAUACUAUUUUACGUGGGCUUCGUGGUGGCGGAGCGUGUUCUGUACAUACCCAGCGUCGGCUACUGCCUCCUGAUCGGCUUGGGGGCGGGCUCGCUCACUAAAAACUGGCGACGCGGACAAAUGCGCAGCCAAAUAUUUAUGUUUACGUUAUUAACAACUCUGUUGGCGAUGUGUGCGUGUACUCUGAGAAGGAAUUUAGAUUGGAAGGACGAGGAGAGCCUCUUUAGGAGCGCGCUACACGUCAAUCCACCGAAAGCGUAUGGAAACUUGGGUAGCGUGCUGUCGAGUCAAGGGCGGCUGGCGGAAGCUGAGGUGGCGUUCGAACGGGCCCUGGGUCAUCGACCUAACAUGGCCGAUGUACACUAUAACUUGGGGAUCUUACGUCAAAACCAGAGGCGCUACCGGGACGCAAUUAAGAGCUUCGAGAGAGCAAUUUACUUUCGUCCUUCCAUGGCGUUGGCAUACGUCAAUCUCGGGACAUCCCUAAUGGCGGAUGGUCGCCUAGCGGAGGCGGCCAGCGCAUUGAGAGCGGGAGCGAAGGCGGACGGGAUCAAAGUGCGGGAUAGAAGAGAGCACGAUGCGGCGCGGGUCUCGGCCCUGGUGCAGCUCGCCUCGCUACACUCCCAGAGGGGGCACUGGCACAAAGCCCUAUCGGCGUACAAGGACGCCCUGCAAAUAUUGCCAGACUCCAACACGCCCAUUGUCGGGUGGACGAGACACAACGUAUUGUGUAUGGCGAGUGAAAUAUACAUGCAGCUGCAGCAAUGGCCGCACGCCGAGAACAGCAUUCUCUCCGCUCUCGCGCUGGCGCCCAACCACGUCGGCACUCACGUCACUCUCGCACAAAUCCUAUCGAAAAACGUGAGUAGAUCAGCGGAAGCGGAGCUGUGGUUCAAGAAAGCAGUUAAUUUAGCGCCAGACGAUCCCUCGAUACGAGAUCAGUUCGGCAUGUUCCUAAGGUCGCAGAAGCGUUUACGGGAGUCAGCUGAACAGUUCGUGAUGGCGGCCCGGCUCGCGCCCGAGGACAGCGCGCGCGCGGCUUCCGCGGCGCGUGCUCUGCGCGACGCGCGCCGGUGUAGAGCGGCCGAGCGCUGGUACGCCAAGGCGGUGGAGUUGAAGCCGGGGGACGCCGAGUAUCACUCCAACCUCGGCGCCAUCUUGCAUUUGAACGGCAAGUACGUGGAGGCGGCCGCGUCCUACCGCCGCGCCAUACAGCUGAAACCCAACGACGAGAUCACCAUCACCAACCUCAAGCGCGUCCGAACUCUCAUGAAGCAGAAAAGCGAGGCAUAGAAGUCAUGUCAAUUGCCAAAUGUAGUGUAAGGCCCCCAUUGAGUAAAUUUUUAUAUCGUGAAUUUGAAAGAGACGAAAGUAGUUACGAAGUGUUGUUUUGUUGCUACAACUCUGUUAAACGUAGGUUCGAGUUUAACUCGAUUAUUUUCUUGUUAAUCGUUUUAUCCUUAGUUUCAGAACGUGUAAGAAUAAUAGAUUUUAUACCCGUUAAUUUUAUAAUAAGUAAUCCGGAUCCUAGUACUAUUUUGCGAGUUUCGUAAAAGACGUUACGUUAAAAAUUCAGUGUACAAAAUUAAAGACAGCGAACCCCGGCCUGAGCCACGUCCUUACCUUUCUUUACUGCUUAUUUUAUUACUUUUACUCCUUUGUAUUCCGUGUAAAGAGUCGUAUAACACAUUAUCUCCUUUGUAAUUUACAUAAACAAAUUCCUUACAUUGUAUAUUCGUAAUGUAAUUUAAUUUAAUGGUAUCCUAUUUAACACGAGGAAUUGGUUAGACGCUGCUUCUAUUUACCGCAAAUCUAUUUAUCAUAUUUUAUUAUCAUACAUAAAGUACGUUAUAAUACUGAUGAAGUAAUAACAAUAUUUAUAUAAUACUAAGUAAUUUUUAAAAGUCGG